GCCGCCGAAUCCUCACCAGCCCUCCCAUCUUCCCAGCGAAAACACCACCGCACCUCUCCCCAGCGAAGCAGCAGCGUCCCAUGGCCCCCAAGGCGGAGAAGAAGCCGGUGGCGGAGAAGACUCCGGCGGCGGAGAAGACCACGGCGGGGAAGAAGCCCAAGGCCGAGAAGCGGCCGCCGAAGUCCAAGGAGGGCGGCGAGAAGAAGGGCAAGAAGAAGUCCAAGAAGAGCGUGGAGACGUACAAGAUCUACAUCUUCAAGGUGCUCAAGCAGGUGCACCCGGACAUCGGCAUCUCCUCCAAGGCCAUGUCCAUCAUGAACUCCUUCAUCAACGACAUCUUCGAGAAGCUCGCCGGCGAGUCGGCCAAGCUGGCACGCUACAACAAGAAGCCCACCAUCACGUCCAGGGAGAUCCAGACCUCCGUCCGCCUCGUCCUCCCCGGCGAGCUCGCCAAGCAUGCCGUCUCCGAGGGAACCAAGGCCGUCACCAAGUUCACCUCCGCUUAGGCUAGGCUGUUCUUGCCGCUGUGUAACGUGUGCUGGUUGUGUCGCAACACACUGUUUCAUUAUCUCGUGAAAUAGUAAUGGUGUUUCUUUCA